CAACGCCACUCUAGGUCAUGGAGGCAGGAUUGACUUAAGUGUGGUUUUUUGUCCAUACACCGCCAACUUAUUUUCGAUAUUUCACUGUAUCAAAAUGGCAGUCCCAGAACAAAAUAGUUCCAGACAGUUCGAGCGAAAGAAAACAAAUUUCAAAGGUAUCAAACAGGUCUUAAACGCGGAAUCUCAAGUAAGAUUUAUAUUUAACACUUCAAAUUCUAGUUAGUAAUUUGCGUUUCCCAUCGUAUAUAAAAACACCUAGCACUAAAUAAUAUCUGCUUCUCAUGGUAGAUAUAUGGAUUUAAAAUAACAAUACUAUUCGAUCGACUUAGCAUGAUGAAAUAUUAAGUGAUCACACACCAACUUGUAAACGUCAAAUGGAAGGUCGGACUAGCAGACGGAACAAAAACGAAUGUAGGGUACGCCACUCUAGAUGCUACAUUGAAGCCUAUAUUACCAGGGUAUGUUUAGCGCAAGUAUCAACUACUCGUAAACACGAUUAAAGUUUUCUUAGUUUGACUUUCCAACAAAUCCAAGCACCACCCCAGAUCACUUCGGCAUAAAAUUAGAGAGGUUAAAUCUAAGCUAUUUCUUUUACCUAUCUCAACCAAACGCUUACCAAUAAAAGAUGGAUGUUUGUCAAUUUUAAUAAGUUGUAACUAUAUCAGCUCUCCGUAGUACUGGAUUGUUUUUCUUGCAUAAGGUAGUAUGAUCAGUACUUAAAAUCUACUUUAUUAUGCACCAUAGAGCUGAUAAGCUUAUUGUCGUUGCACUGGAAUAUUCUUUCGCUCAAACACUAAUAUCUCUGAUGUCGGAAUAAGGAAUUGUUUCCUGUCGAAAUUAACUGGAUUUCUGGCCGAGGAUAGCACUGAGACUAGGUACUUCUGCUGUCUGCAGAUAUUGUUGUAAAAGUCAAAUUUAUUAGCCAUUCAAUUGUAUUGUAGCCACGCAUUGCUUUUUAAUUAUCAAGAAAUGCGUUUUAAGCAGGUUAAAUUCUUGUUGUGUAACAUUUCCUUACACGCGAACAUUGUAUAAGUAGUCUAGCUAAUUUAUCUAGAUUCAUGAGUUUGUACCUAGAUUAGAUUGAUAAAUCAACCAAUUUAAGUGCUCACAUGGUGGGUUGUCCUUUAAAAUAUUGUCGCAAAUUAGUUAUUAAAUCCACACAGAACUUUUGCUUAUAUGUUAGUCAUAUGUAACACUCAACAGUUGCAUCAAUUUAUACAUAAAUCCAUCCAGUUCAUUUUCAUCUGAAAACCAUAAUGUAGUGGAACUAAGCUUGUUUUUCUCUUAUGACUCAUACUUCUAUCUGUUACGCAAAAAGCAUCAAAACUAAGCUGGAGAAGUCUAUGUUAUGAAGUAUCUAGUAACAUAGUUAAUCUAUCUAAUCUUGAAAGUAACGUCACAAAUUCUCGUUUGUAUUGUUGAGUUAGCGUAACAUAAAAUAUGGGAAUUUAUUGACCCAUAAACGACGCUGAUUUUAGGAUAUUCAUGUUGAUUAACUAUGAAAUUACGAACAUGAGAGAAUUACUGUCUACUGCGCUAUAUGGCGAUUCAAUAAAUCAGUGUAAUUAAAUGAAUAAGUACGUUCCAGUAUAUCAAAUUCGUGUGUACUCAUGUUUUGAGGGCUAAUUUUUGUACCUGUUCGCUCCUGUGUAAGUAAAAUAACUUUCAGACUAUGCAACUAUUAUGAAGUUAUCAGCAAGUGUCUGUCAACCUCUGGUUCUACUACAAUUAAUCUCUGACCGACAUAGUGAUGUGAGGCUAACACUAGCAAAAUACAGUUUCCUGUGACAGCUUUAAGAGUAUCGUGAUGCUUCGCAUUUGCUAAGUAAGACUAUUGACUUAUAACAUGCGUGCCUACCCGACCAAUGUAAACUCGAUUGAACAUACUAUCUGCAUCGACCCCGACUUAUUGUUUGUUGCGGUAACUCCCAUUGAGAAUUUUCCUCCCGAUUAUUCAUUUCUGUUGUUGCGGAGAACAUAUACUCUAUCGGUUAAUACAAUCUGGGACGAAAGCUUGUUAAAACAUUGCCACGUAAGACGAUCCACCGGUGGUUUGGGUAUUCAACUACUCAUUAUUAGGUCAUGAAUUCAUAGUGAUUCUGUUGUGGGCGGUAUGUAGAUUACCGUUCACCCAUACAAUCGCCGAAACCCACUUUCUAAUAAAUAAACUAACACGCUAUUAAAUCUAUUACUUUCUAGACUAAUGUUCAUUUGUUUUCAACUGCAGGUUAGCUAUUCACCAGAUGCUGUUCUUUACAAUCAUCUGAAUGCACCACCAUGCAUUUGUCCACCUAUGAAAGUUUCUGAUUUAAGUGGGAUACCAACCGCUUAUACAGAUCCGUUGACAAAACUAAAUUAUGCAACUUGUUCCGAGUUUAAAAGAAUACGUAAUUUGCCUCAGCAUAUCGUUAAUGGGUACCUGGCUUUGAGAGGAGUAUCUAAUAUUUGAUAACAACAAUGCACUAUUAAUUUUUAAUUCGGGAAGUAUCUAUUUUUUGUUUGUGUAUGAUAUUGUUCAUUCAAUUGCAAUAGACGCUCCAACCUCUUCCAAUACUUUCUUUAUUUGCUCAGCUUCGUCCUUGCUCACGUCAGUCUUUAUAUUGGCAGGCGCACUCUAAAAGACAUAAUUAAGGUUAUCAAUUUUUUAAAGCUAGCAGUGUGUAAAUAUAACGUCAUUGAGUGUACUUAGGAAAGCGAAUUAGCGGCCUUAAUAUUAAAAAAACUAGGUGGGUGGGUACUUUUAAAUCUAGAGUGGUUGUCUAGUGCAUCCAACUGUUACUCGUUUUUUUAUUAAUAGCAAUACUUGACAAUAUAAAUGUGCGCUUUUCUACAUAAUAAAGUAAUUAAAUAAAAGUGCCUAAUCGACUGACAAGGUAGUUGAGGCAUGUGCUACGCAUGCCUAGUUACAUCAUCCCUGCGCAAUUCACUAGCUAUCACCCUUGUAUCGGGGACUAGAUGAUAUGACUCAAAGUUGGCUACACAUACAUUCACACUAACUAUAUGCAGGCCCUAAACAACAUUCCAAGCUGCUCUUCCCCCGAUUUUGCUUGUCAUUUUUGCUUUUAUAUACAGCUUUUUACAACUGUUCUUAACUUUAUGUACACUACACUCACUUCUUACCGUUGUACUGACGUAAAGAAGCAGGCAGACACGGACUGAUAAACACCAUAAGAUAAGGUGUCGAAAAUUAAACAACUGCUAACUUGAACUUACUUCUACAAACUUUUUAGCUUGUACAAGAUUCAUCUCUGGAAUAACUUGUUUGAUCUCUUUAAUAAGUUGAAUUUUCUUUGCUGCAUCAAAUUUCACUAGUUUGACUGAAAAUGCUGUUUUCGUAGGCGCUUGUUGUUCUUCAAGCUCUUCGGGAGGUUGGUUUGUUGGCGCUUGAACCAUCAUAGGCAUCAUGGGCCCGGCAUUCUACAUAGACAC